CCAUUUUGUGUGGCAUUUGUUUUAUUCAUAACCCUUGCGCUGGUGUCCACCUUUUUGGCUUUUGUAGGGACGACAAUGAGCUUGCCGUCCCUUGCCGCUCCAUCGCCGCUGCGAUUGCUAUGGACGGCUGUUCCAGUCAAUCUCACAGACACCGAUGCCGGCAGCAGAAGGGAAAUGGUGUGUGCCCUCGGUAUUUUGGAAAGCUCACCCGUUGGCGUGUUACGCUUCACCGCUGUACUUAGCUUUAUUGCUGGCAUCAUGUUUUUUGCGUGGGUGCCAUACUGUGUUUUGCAUGUGAGCAGCAUGCUUGCCCACUUGAAUCCUGUGACGGAGCCUGAGGAACGUCAGGAACUUGCUGCGAUGGCGUUUUUGCGGUCAAAACAGGCGGCGGCACGACGUAGGGCGGGAGAAAGCCAUUCUUUUGGCCUUGUUUCUUCUACCACUCACACCACCACGUCGUGGUCGCGACUCACGCCUUGUUGGUACCGAAACAAGGGCCGAGGUGCUCGGGGUGUUGGUUAUUGCGGCAACCGUGAAAAGGAUGGGCAUUGUGGAGGUCAAUGUGGUGCAUCCGCGUCUUCGACUCCUCCUGCCGCUGCUUCUGCUGCUGCGGUAAAUGGCAGUGUUAUUUUUAAUUUAUCGAGCCCGUUUAUGUUACACCCUGAGCAGUACCACGCGACGACACGGGCAGGUGACGGUGUCCGUGUCUUGGAGCUCUUCAAGCAUUUACGGCUUAUCACACUGGAAGAAAAUUGGUUUCGUUACCACAUAACCGAAGUGCUGCUACUCCGUCUUCCUUUUUUGGUUCUUGUGUUCAUGGUAUCAUCAUUGCUGGUUGCUGGACGGUUUGCGCGCUGCUAUGAGUUUUGGGCCUUUGGGGAAACAGAUUUGGAGUCUGCGAGACCAUCCCAUAAAAGUAACGUGAUGUACGUACCUCCCUUCUGUAAAGAAGCGGCCUCAGUUCCCAUUAGCGACCAGCUCUAUGGGAGGCUAGUGCUUUUUGCUGCAGUAAGUGGUGGAUUCUUUAUGGCACCGCUUGUGUUUGCCGUGCCUGCCUUCAUUUUACUGCGUUGUUGGUGGGAACGUUGGCGUUGCAUGCGGAUGACCGCCUCGCUUGCAAAGCUGAUGCAGGUGGAUGUGAGGCAGGUUCGUGACGUUGCGCCCAGGCAGCCCCAUGGUACGGUGGCGAGCCCCACACUGCCGCUGCUGUGGGACGGAGAAAAGGAAGCGGAAAUCAUACGAAGCGAAGCAAGAGAAGUGAGCCCUGUUCCACUCGAGGUGCCAGUUGGUAUGAAUAAAAGCACAACGCUCACGCCAAGUGCAGCGUUGGGUGGAUUGGCAGGGGCUCAGUUUUUCAUGGCCACCCAGAAAAGCGUCGAAGGACUGAACGCAUGGAAUACAAACUGCAACGGAACGAGAAAAACAGCGGCCAUGGCGUCGACAACGCGGCGGAUCAGGAGGCAUCGCCACCCCAUUUACAAUGCGCCGCUUGGCCCAUCGCAGUAUUAUCAGGCUCUGAAGCAGCGAGAAGAGGCAAAAAACACGCCGUCAACAAUCACCCACAAAUGCUGCAGUGGGCUGCGGUGCAUAGUUCAGGUUUCAGUGGAGGCAUUCCCGCUGUUAGUGACACUCACGGCUUGGGUGGGAGCCUGGCGCGCGGUGGUUGCACUUGCAUAUCAGUACGGCAUUUGGACAAACUAA